GUUGACAAUAUCGCUAUUAACGAAGAACGUGCAAGGGGUCGAUCCAUUCGAUAAAUUGAAGAAUCCAAGCACUUGCGACAGAAAUGUCCCUUACGAACCCAGUGUCAUCGGUGCAGCAUUUUCAAUCAUGUGCGCAACCCAUAGGCCCUAAACCAACACGUGUAUCCUGCCAGCACUUGAGCGCUUUAGCGGCCACGCGACUGCUCGCUCCCACGCCCUACGUUCAUCCCACGGAUUGCAAUGCCAUGCCACGUCGCUGCAGUCCGCUGACUAGGAAUCCCGUCCAGGCCCAUCGUAUUCGGACAGUAAUGCGAGCUACGAAUCGCGAACCCGGAUUCCCUUUUGACGAGAGCGACUAUUUGAGGGUUGCCCUUCUCAACCGCGCGCCGUACGGCCCCAUGAAGAUCCUGCCCGCCUCCGACCAAAGCGCCAGCACCUAUAGCGGCGUGUUGGUCUUCAAGCGUGAGGCGGAGCAAACCCUCAGCCCCGAAACUCCAGUCUUGGAAGUGUUUGUUGCUGGAGAUACCGCAUGCAACAUCUACACUCAGCUCCACGGCUACAAGUCCAACCGACCCAUGGUUCACGACCUCAUGUUUGACCUACUAAACCGCGCCCAGGAGGUCAGCCGCGGCCAGUGGCAGCUGCUGCGGGUGGCGGUGGUGGCGCUGGAGAACGACAUAUUCAUCGGGCGCCUCUUCUUCGGUGAUGCGGCCACGGGCGCUGUCAUGUGGGACUGUGACUGCCGGCCCUCUGACGGCGUCUACUUGAGCCUUCGGACCGGCUGCCCGUUCUUCGUGGCUCGCAAGGUAUGGGAGGCGGCUGCCGUGCCCAUCCGCAUGUCCAAGGUGCACAUGAUUGCGGCGCAUGAGGCCGGCGUUGCCUCAGCCCAGCAGCAACAACAGGGGAACCAAGGGCUACAGCAGCAGCAGGCGCAGCAGCAGCAACAACAGGCCCAAGCCGCUUCCAGUAGCUCCAGAAGCAGCCAUGCGCAAGCGGACCCACAGUCCGGCGACGGAGGCAGCAGCGGUGCAGCCUCAUCCGCAGACGACUACACGACACUCAAGCCUGACGACCCCGAGGUCAUCAAGCUGCUCAAGCGCGAGCUGGCGGUUGCGGUGCGCGAGGAGGACUAUGCGGCCGCCAUCCGGCUGCGCGACCACCCCUACAUGCAGCUCUACCGGCGCAUCGAGGCCUUCCAUCACGUGGGGCGGGCGGAGGAGGCGGCGUCGCUGCGCCGAGAGCUGGCGGCCAUGAUCAAGCGGAGCAACGCGGCGGGGAACAUGGGGCCCCUGUGAGCAUGCGGGCCCGGCAGGCAGCAGA